AUUUUAAAAAUAUUUUUUAAUUAUUUUAAUUAAAUGCAAAUAUAUUUUUUAUAUAACAUAAAAAAACAUUUUUAUCAUCAUUUGAUAACUUUGAGAACUGUAAAGCGAAUGAUAAUAAUGGUUGUGGAUUGCAAAAAAUCUAAUUUAUAUAAUCCGAUGUCUAGCCUUAAAAAAAACAAAAAUUGAAUGAAUAAAUCAUAUUUGAUUCACUUUUUUUUGUUUAUAAUAAUUAUAAUAUAAUUAUUAUAUUAUAUAAAUUAUAAUAUAAUAUAAUAAUUAUAAUAUAAGUACAAAAAAUUAUUGUCUCAGAUUCAAAUUUCCCGGUGUUAUAUAUGCUAUAGACGUAUACUUUUUUGCAAAUACGAAUAUUUUUAAAUUACAAAAAUCUUUAUAAGAAUUUUUAAUUUUAUUAAUAUAAAAAAUAUAUAGAUUAAAAUAUUCGAAUAAUAAGUAUAUAAACAAUAAAUUAAUAAAAAUAAUAAAUAUAUAAUCUUUUCAUUAUUAGAUACUUAUAUAUUAAAUCUAUACUUUAUCUUGUUUAUGGUUAUUUACUAUAUAUCGAAGUUUUUACCGGUUAAAAUCAGCUGUAAACAGUGUUACAUGAAUUCUUACAGCAGUUUUAGCAAUGUUAAUCGCAUGCAGAAUUUUUAUCAAUAUAAUGAGCACAUGGAAAUUACUCCAGCGUCGAUGUUACGAUCUUUUAUCAUAUAAAUAUUCUUUACUGGUGAUAUUAACGGCGUUCACUUGUAUAUUUAUUGGUAUUGUUCAUUUCGGAGAGAUGUGGAUAACUUGGAGCAAAGAAAAAUAUGAAGCAGUAUUUUAUUCUUUUAAUGAUAAUAUAUUAGGUAUUUCUUUUCAAAAAAAGCUAUGUCAACAUGUUCCAAUAGAUGUUGUAUAUACAUGGGUCAAUGGCUCUGAUCCAGUUUUUUUAAAAAGUUUGAAAGAACAUGUUCCUAUUACUGAUAUUAAUACAGCUGCUUCCAGAUUUAAUGAUAAAGAUGAAUUAAGAUAUUCAUUACGUUCACUGGAAAAAUAUGCACCUUGGGUAAGACAUGUGUAUAUUGUUACAAAUGGUCAAAUACCAAGUUGGUUAGAUAUGGAUAAUCCUAAAGUUACACUUGUUACUCAUGAAGAUAUAUUUAUAAAUAAAAGUGAUCUUCCAACGUUUUCUAGUCCAGCUAUUGAAAGUAAUAUUCAUAGAAUUCCUGGAAUUUCAGAUAAAUUUUUAUAUUUUAAUGAUGAUGUUAUGUUAGGGGCACAAGUAUGGCCAGAAGAUUUUAUUACCCAAGCAAAUGGUCAAAAAAUAUAUCUUGCAUGGUGGGUUCCUGAUUGUUCGGAUGUUUGUCCUUGGGCUUGGGUGGGUGAUGGAUCAUGUGAUCCUGCUUGUAAUACAACAUUAUGUGAAUUUGAUGGAGGAGAUUGUGAUAGCACACCAGUUCCUACUGACAGUGAAACUCUUGAAGAAGAAGGAGAUUAUUCACACAAACUUUUACAAGAUUCAUUAGAUGAUAAUAACUAUGGUUUUAAAUUUCUAAAUUUAUUAAGAAACAGAAAUAUAAGUACUAUGUGGAAUGAUACAGAAACAUUUAUUCAACAACCAUCACCAUCAAAUAUGACUACAAGCUUAAAGCUAAAUAUAAAUAAAUCUCAUAAUUUUAAAAAUAAUUAUAUAAGUUCCAUUGAGAAAUAUUUUAAUGAACAAUCGAUUCAAAAUGAUCAAAUUAUAUCUACUCAGAAAUCAAUGCUAUCAAAAAUUAUGAAUAAAGUAAAAUUUCAAACAUCAAAUAUAACUAAAAGACAUUUACUACUGAAACAUUAUUUAAAUGAUGAUAUCAUAAAUUUGCCACAAGUUAAUAGUACCAUAAAAAUCAAUCAUAAAUUACAUCAUUCUGAUCAAUGGAAACUUAGAACGAGACAACUUGAUACAUAUGCUGAAUCUUUGCUGUAUGUGAAUAGAAUAUAUAAUAUGGCAUAUGGAUUCGAACGUAGAAGAGUACCCGCUCAUAUGCCUCAUCUGAUAGAUAAAUGGAUUGUUGCUGAUAUGCAAAAGAAAUUCAAACAUGAAUUUAAAAGAACAUCUAAUCAUAAAGUUAGAAGCUCGGAGGACAUGCAAUUUGCUUUUUCAUAUUUUUAUUUUUUAAUGAGUGAAAAACGGAAUGUACCAAUUGAAGAAAUAUUUGAUAUGUUUGACACCGAUAAAUCAGGCACUUGGUCAGACAGAGAAAUUAGGACUCUUCUAUCUAGACUUUAUCCACUUCCUCUUGAUUAUAGUUUAGUUAUUGAUUUUGAAAAUGCAAUAACAAAUUGUUCAAAUCAUAUGAAAAUUACUAAAAUACUAAAUGUACCACCAGGAGAAAGAUAUUUGGAUUCAUCACUUCCAAUUGUAACUAAGGAAUUGAUAUUAAAAUGCGAAUUAGUUUCAAGAAAAGUUAAAGCCAAAUUUGGUGAAGAAAAACUUUAUCAACAUGAGAUAAUUAAAGCAGGAAAAAAUGAAAUAUUUGAAAUGUUAACGAGCAAUGUAUCUUUAACAGUACAACUUUUGGACGAGAUACGUAGGGAUCCCAAAAAAUUUAUUUGUCUAAAUGAUGAUAUGGAUCCUCUUCGACAUGCUGAAAAUGAAGUAGUUCGGGCAUUAUUGAACGAUUUUUAUCGCUCUCUCUAUCCAUUACGUAGUACUUUUGAAUUACCAUUACAAUAUCGAAAUCUUUUUACUCAUCGACAUAAACUCCUUGAAUGGAGAGCAAAUCGAACAAGGACCAGAAAUUUAUUAUUAUGUCUUAUUCUUUUAUUGCUUAUUACCACGUUCUAUCACUUUUUUUAUCAUCAAGUACGAAGAUUAUUCAGAAUACGAGCUCUGCCCAUUUUACUCGUUUAAAACUAAGCAAAUUCAAAAAUGAGAAAAACGAUUUAAAAUAUAUUGAUAUCUUCUAAAUUUUUUUAUUGGAAUUGUGCAUAUUUAUAUAGAUAAUUUUUUCAUAAAAUUUAUACUAUUUUAACAAAUAAUUUUUAUAUUUUAUUACGUAUUUUAUUCGUUAAUCCAUCCACAAUUUAAAACUAAUAUUUAACAAAACAAAAUGGAAAUUGUUUAUUUUAAAAGAUUUAUUUAAUAAAAAAUAUAAUUGAUUAAGAAUUUAUAUAUUAUAUAUUUUAUAAGAUAAAAUGAUAUACGAACAAAUAAAUAUUUAAAUAUCAUUUUUAAAUUAAAUAAAACGUUCCUGUAUAUAUAUAUAUAUAUAUAUAUAUAUAUAUAUAUAUAUAUACACAUAUAAAAUAUAAACAAAAGAGUACUAUGUAUAUAUUAUACUUUGCUCUUUUCUUUUAACUUUCAUAUAAUAAGCUUUACAUAAUUCAAACUAAUUAUAAAUAUUUGUUGAAAAUAAAUUAAUUAAUAUUUUUUUGUAUAAAAUAACGAAUUGUAUCGAUUAAUGCAUUAAAAUUAAUAACAUCAAAUUAUGCAUAUGCAAAUUUUAUAUGAAAUAUUUUUUUUAAAAAAGUAAUUCUCGAAUUACUUUGUAUCUUAUCGUACUACAUAUCGAUAAAGUAAUGAAUAUUAUCAUUUUAUUUCAAAAUUUGUAUUUAUUUUAUUUUUAAAAUAAAAUCUGUAAAUAACAUAAUUUAAAUAAAAUUGUAUUUUGUAUUGCCUAAACAUUAUUUACAUCCAUUUUUAGAAAAAUUAUUCGUUAAUUUUUCUAUAAUUAUAAUAUUUUUUAUUUUGUAAUACGAAAAAUUUGUUGAAAAUAUGUUAUAUCAAUUCAAUUGUAUUUUAAUGAUUAAUUUAAAAAAAUUCGUGAAAAAAUAUUAUAAAAUUUCGAAUUAGAUUUAUCAUUUUUAUUUUAAUAUCAAUAUCAUUAUUGCAUCAAUGCUAAAGAAAAUAUAAAUUUAAAUGAGCAAUAUUAUAAUAAAAAUAUAAUAAAAAAAAAUAUUAUAGUUACAUAUUUGUUCUAUAUAUAUAUAUAUAUAGAAUUAAAUGAUUUUUACAUAAGUACAUUUUAUUAUUAAUGGUUAUUAAUAUUACAAUUGUAAAAACUAAAAUUAUGUUUUAAUAUGAUGAUAAAUUAAACAAAAUAAUAUAAAAAAAAUAAAUAUAUUUCCUAUUCUUCUAUAUUUUUCUACUUUUCUAACAUUCAAUAUUUAUUGAUAAAAAAAUGAAUAUGUAAGAAUAUUCAUUCAAACUAAAAUAUCUUUUAAUCCAAUAAUUAUUAAAAUUAAAAUAUAAACUAAUUUUUAUUUUAAAUAAAGUUGCUUUUAAAAUAAGAUGUGUUUAUAAUCAUUAUAUUGUGCUCUAUGUUUAAUAUUUAAAAACUUUUGCAAAUUCAUAUUAAUUGUUGUUAAUUCAUAUUAAUUCAUAUUGCAUUUUAUUACGAGUCCGAUGUCUGUUGUCUAUCUAAAGGGGGACAAUUCAUAUGCCGAAGAUUUCGCGGGCCAACCAUACCUUCCUGUACUUUUGCGCAUUCACUCAACCAUAUUGCAACGCUAGCUACUUCUUCAGCUGAUAGCCGAGGUCCAAUA